AACCAGUGACACCCCCCCCCCCCUCACACGUGCAUGAGGCCCUCCCGGUGGUGGCGCUCUAGCUGAGCGAGCUUUCAUGAAUUAACUAAUCUCGCCGGAGAGGGGGCCCUCAAAGAAAAAGUGGGCAGAGGCAAACAGCUUGGAUGAGGUGAAACAACAACAUCACUGCCGUCGGCCGGAAGGUGCAGGCGUUUUGGAGGCAGCCCGGCAUCUGGCGGCGGAGGAACCUUAUUAACAGCAUGCCGUGGGGUUUUCUUGGAUUUUUUCUUAGCCUUAUUCGACUUGGUGUUAUAAUUACUGUUAGUGGUGGUGGUGGUGGUAGUAGGUGGCGGGCAUGAAAGAGUCCGAGUUUGGGGGUUGAGGGUAGGCAGAGGAAGAAGCGGCGGCUGCCGAUUAUAAUGGAAUGAGAAAUUGUGACCGGGGUGAGGUGGAAGAGAGCGGUGGUUUAUAAGAGGUGCCGAUGGCGGAGACUGGAAUAUGGGCGGCGGCGGCGGCGUCAUAUCUUUGGAGGAGCUGCUCCUAGUUAAAUACUGAUCGGUGGAAGUGGAAGGACUAGAAGCUAUGGGCGGAGUUUUGACGAAUAUUAAAGAAGGAAUUAAAAGAAUUUGGGGGGCUCGUCUUGUUUCGAAAAAAUGGAAGAUUUUCUGUAAGUCUAAAGGUAGAAAAGAAAUAGUUUUUGCAAAAGAUAUCCACAUUAGAUGGAAUAGUACAUACAAAUUGAUUCAUCAGAUUCUAAAAUAUAAAGAGGAACUUGCUGAAUUUUUUAGUGAUGAACUUCGUAUAAUCAUUGAUCCUUUUGAAUUUGUACUUGUUGAAAAAUUGAAUGCCGUAUUAGAAGUUUUUAAUAACGCAACUCUUACUUUUUCUCAUGUUUACCAACCAACUACAAAUACAUUUUUAAAAGAGUGCGUUACAAUCGCAACAUGUUUUCGUGAAAGUAAGGCUGAUCCAGAUUUGUACCCAUAUGUCUCUCCUAUGAUACAAAAAUGGUGUUCUUAUUAUUUGUACAUUCCUGAUAUUUAUAANUAUCAAGGGUUAUACGGCACUGUACAAGAAGAAACAGCACCACCUCCACCCCGAAAUCAAAAAAAGGUUUUGCCGGAAUAGUCGGUGGGCUUCUUGCAAAGAAAGGGAAGCGUGCUCAUUCUUCGACGAGUUCAAGUGGUACAACAGUAAGCUCGCACAACGAACUUGCUAUGUACCAGGGUGUGCCAUGCGAUUACGAUGAAGACGAAGUGGAUUUUGACGUGCUCGGAUGGUGGAAGCGGAACGAACACAUGUUCUCAUGUCUCGGCAUGCUAGCAAGACAAGUGUUAUCCGUUCCGGUAUCAACCGUAGCAGUUGAACGAGAAUUCAGUGCUGGCGGCAACAUUCUAACCGACUUUCAAAGUUGUCUUAGCGCUGAAUCUCUUGAAACACUUGUUUGCAACCAAGAUUGGCUCUUGGCAAGACGUCGAGCUCAAGAGUCAACGUACCAACUCGAAUCGGAGCAUUACAUGAAUGCAACAACAGAUGGAAGUCCGAGUUCUGAAGAAUAAGUUAUAAUUUUUUUUGUUAAUGUAAAUAUGUAAUUAGUUUUUUUUAGCUGAGCGAUAUAUAAGCUCCUUCGAGGGUUUCUUUACGGUUCUUUACCUCGUCGCUUUUUUUGAACCGUCAGGAUAUUAAAUGUGGUUGUUCUUC